GCGCAUUUCGAACAAGUCAUGUCAUGCCAAAUAUAAGCAAAUCGUGAAGUCAUUUGUGGAAAAAAAUACUUUUUAUUCGCCCAAAGAAUAUUUUUACAACAUCAGAACUUCGGAUAGACUUUCAGGAAGUCCUUGAAUCGUGCAGAAGUGAUAUUCCCCGAGAAAUGGACUCCUCUCCCAGUUCGUCUCUGAGCGCAACCGAAGCAACGCAAGUCCUGAAAGACAUCUUGAAUGUGGGGAAGGCCCUCGAUCUAUCUUCAGAUUCCAGCCUGAGUAAAACUGGUAGUGUUGAUAUAAGCCAAGGAACAGUAGGUGAAAUGUCUGGGUCAUCAAACAGUGCGUCUGUGAAUGGAACAUCAUCAUCUCAACAGUUACAUUUGAGUGGAGGAGGAGAUUCUGGCUUCUCGUUAAUGGGUUCCGGUAUUAGAAGCGCUGGUGAAAUAGUAUCCAGACAACAAAUUUUAUUAGAAGGGGAUGAUGCCACAGGUAGUAUACCAAUAUACGCAAGGGAAGUCAAUAUAGCAGCGAGUCAAGCGUCAUCAGUUACUAAUACUACGGCCGGCAGUAAUAAAGUCAAAAUUUCACCGGUUACAAACUAUGACUGGGAACAAAAAUACUAUACUGGCAAUUUAGUAGCAGUCAACCACACGUACAUUGCAUAUGCAUUGAAAGGUCGUACCGGCUAUGUUGUUCGAGUUAUCAAUUCCCAAACUUCAGAGAGAGUACUUCUGAAGGGUUUUGUUGGUAUAGUGGUUGAUUUAUCAUUCGCUCACAUCACAUCGAAUACAUUAGCAUGCAUCGAUGAGCAAGGAAAUCUAUUUGUGUGGGAUCUUUAUGAAACUGAUGGUAAAAUACUUUACCAGGCACGCUUGCUUGUGAUGAGACCCACAGAUACCGCUCCCAGUAAGCAUCACAGACUGAUAUGGUGUCCGUACAUGCCAGAAGAUAUCAGCGAAUCAGGCUCUACUGCUGCAUCUAAUAUAGAUGAAGGUGGCAAGAUGUUAGCAAUCACUCAUGAUGAAAAAGCUGAAGUAUGGGAUCUUGAUAUUGUUGUUGAAAACCAUGGUAACGGUGCAACUGUGCAGGUUGGUGAUGUGAAAGAUGGUGUCAGCAGAGUCAAUGGACAUUCACAGCCAAUAACCCAGGCAGCACUAUCUCCAGAUGCUGCCGUGUUAGCCACUGCCAGUUUUGAUGGCAUGGUGAAAUUCUGGCAGAUAUACCAAGAGAACUCUGAUCCACCAAGAAGACUACAUCAGUGGACUCCGCAUGAAGGCAGACCUGUAUCGUGUUUACUCUUCUGUGAUAAUCAUAAACACCAAGAUCCAAAUUUACCAUUUUGGAGAUUCCUUCUCACCGGUGCUGACUUCAAUAGAGAAAUCAAAGUGUGGUGUACUGUAUCAUGGACCUGUCUGCAGACAAUCAGAAAUCUGACACCAAGUUCUGAUGAGCCUGAACCAUGUCUCAGAGCAGCAUUGGAUUUGUCAGCUUCUUAUCUUAUAAUGUCUGAUAUCAAUAGAAAGGUUUUGUAUGUGUUUGAAGUAUACCAAGAUAUAGAGAAAGGCCACGCCCACAUUUCAUCAGUCUGCGAGUUCUUACUGACACAGCCAAUGUUGAGUUUUGCUAUUUUGGAUGCAAAUAGAAAAAAAUUCAAGCAUAUCACAACAGCAGAUGGAGAUGUGGAGGAUGAGAGUGGUGAUAUUGAUAGGUCUAUUGAGAAAGAUGGUUGUCAUAGCAACAUAGCUGUACUCAUCAAAAUGUACUGUGUGCAUACCAAAUCAUUACAGCAACUACACAUUCGUUUCCAACCUCAGUCAUCUAUACUGUCCCCUCAUGAUCAGGUUGCUGGUUCUGUAAGUACAGUCUCACAGGAUGAAAUAGGUGUACGUGAUCAGCUAUCUGAUCUGAGUAUGACUGACAUUGAAGGAUCCAUGUCAGACAAUCAAGGUGCAGCCGACAAUGACGAUGAACUUGAAGGUGAUCAAGCACCAACCCCAACACCAGGUAGUUCAUUCACCGCUUCAUUUACAUCAGCCGAUUCUCUCAGAUCACCACAUCAGCAACCAGUCUUGCUUCCACCAGGAGCAUUCACCAGUACUACACCGAAACAAUCUCCAUCGCAGUCUCUGCGAGAUAGCCAUUCUACAACUAGUAGCCUGACAGCCGUGUCCGGUAUUAAUAAUUCUGCUGAUCUCCUGUCACCGUGUGACUCCCAAGCUUUGUCUGAUAGCACAAUAACCUUAACACCAACCACCCACAGAUUUACACCUGAAUCUAACAGAGUUCUAACCCCAACACAAAUGCCACUCCCACCUAUCACCCCAGGGGAGCAGGAAAUUGACUUAGCAGAGCUUGAAAAAUCUGCUUUGGAAAUUGAACUUGGGGAACCACCACUUGCAACAUCAGAAACUGUUAAACCACAAACUUUGCAAAAAGUGGAUUCCAGUUCAAGCAUUGAGAUUGUCAGCAAUGGGGCUGAACUAGAAGAUGCUUCUCCAGACAUUGAAAUAGUCCCUGAACCUGGGCAGGAUGAUCCAAGUGUUGAGCCACUGUUGGACAUCUCUAGCGGUAGUUCCCAAAAUGUCCUGCCAAUUGAGGAGUCUUUAAAAGUCGGUGAGGAGGAGGAGGGUAUGCCAGAGAAUAAAAUGCGACACAGUGAAGAGGAAGCCCCAGAUAAAGUACCACCAUCAAGUGCAAACGCUGCAGCAGUGGCAGAAACUUAUAGAACAGAUGAAAUGAAUGCAACUUCCACUGAAGGUAGUAUAAAAGACAAUGAUAGAGAAGUCAUACCACAGAGGUUGGAUGUCACUGUACAAGACAUUAAAGGAGAUACAAGUGAUCAUGAAUCAUUGGAGGCUGCGUCAUUGUCUUCAUCAUCCAGUACUCCUGGUAAAGAUAAAGCUUUCAAAAAAGAUUUCAGAAAAGAAAGGAAGGCCAGAAGCUCACCAAGACCAAAGAAAUCCAUUCCUGUUUUAUCUGAAGAGACCUCCUCAGAGUUAUCAUCGGGUAUUCAACAGCUGUUGGCGAUGUUGAAGACUCAGGAGCAGGAAAUUAAGCAACUGCGUCAAGAGGUGCAAAAACAUCAGUUGAACAAUACCGUGGUACAGAGCUUAAAAAGUAAAAUGGAUAAAAUAGAGAAGCACAUUGGGAAUAAAAUAGAUACAGUAAUGGCUCACCAGUCACAGGAAGAAAAACAGAGACUAGAUGCAGCGUUGCAUGAAAGACAGUCAAUGGACAAACAGAAACAAGAGAAACUACUAGAAACAGUAUCACAAACACUGAGUACAACUAUAACACAGAAAUUAGAAAAAACAGUCAGAGCUGAGAUGAAGAACUGUGUACUUCCAGCUGUGAAUCGAGUGGUGGAUCCAUUGAAAGAUCAACUUCAUCAGACAGUAGCACAAAAAUUAACAGCAACAGAUGCACUCAUGAAGGAAAAUAUUGGAAAAUUAGUGAGAGCACGGUCGACCACAGAAGCCAUUGGUCAAGCCGCUGCCAAUACAGUCCAGAAUGCAAUGCAUUCUACGUACAGGGAAACGUUCCAAUCUCAUAUUGUUCCUGCUUUUGAGAAAUCUUGCCAGAAUAUAUUUCAUCAAAUAAAUGACACUUUCCAAACAGGAACCCAAGAAUAUAUUAAGCAACUAGAAAGACAUCUGCAGAACAAAAGCCAACAAACUCAGGCUGAGAAUGAGGCUACACUUGCAAAGAUGCAGACCAUGUUUGAUGCAUUCCAGGCCAGCUCUGCUGAAAUUAAAAAAAAUGUUGUCAGUGGUGUGCAAGAAGAACUUGAUAAACAGCUCAAAAAAUCUAUGACAAGUCUUCAAGGCAUGCUGGUAAACAAAGUACGUGAAGUGGUUAAACAAGAAGUAAGCCAUGCUAUGAAAGAACAGCAAGCUGUUGUUGAGACAAGUAUAGUCAAUGCUGUGCGGUCUCAAGCAGCCACACCCGUGUCAUCACAAGCGAAUAUCCAACAACUACAGAUUCAGAUCGUGCAGUUGCUCCACCAAGGACAGCUGAACUCAGCCUUUCAAUUAGCUUUAUCAGCAUCGGAUCUCCAUCUUGUUGUGUACAUCUGUCAGUCAGUGUCAGCGGUUCAGGUGUUUCAGGAGUCUCCUUGUCCUCUCGAACAGCCGGUUAUUCUAUCAUUGAUACAGCAGUUAUCGGCAGAGUUAGAAAGUGACACAGAACUUAAACAAAAAUAUUUGCAAGAAGCUGUGAUGAAUCUAGACUCCACCCAUCCUAUCGCCAGAGAACACAUGCCUGCAGUCUUAAUGUCACUUGUACAGAAAAUAGAUCUGUUUGUCCAGAACAAUACACAAAAUGAAAUGGCACGACCUCUUCGUAUGGUCUCCAUGGCCGCAAGGUCUCUCCUGAAAAAUGAUGUCACAAUUCGCCCUGUCAAAGAAAAAGAUUUGAAGUUCAUAAGUGAUAUAACCAUCGCUGAACACUGGAAUUAUCCUGUAUAUUACCUUGAAACACUCCGUCAAAUAAGUCCUGAUGGAUUUUUAGUUGCCGAGAAUCGAGAAGGCCAAAUUGUCGGUUGCGGGAUGGUCACUAACCUUUCAGACACGAUCUCUUACUUUGGACUGGGUCUGACUGUGAGAGAACACAGAAAACAAGGAAUUCACAAAGAUUUGUUGAGGGCACGUUUUCAGUAUGCAGGGGAUCGUAAUUACGCAUUGUCUUCCGCCGAUCAGCAUCGUUGUGAUGUAUUUGUAGACGUGGGAUUCAGGCAAAUAGAUAAUAAUUUUCUGGUAAAAUGUUUCAUGGGAAGCGUUGAUCAUUCUAUUGUAUCUAUCACUAGUUCUAAGUCCAUCGAUAUUGUUCCUUACGACAAGGUAACAUUCAAUUCUUUAGUUCAAUAUGAUAGUUUGGUGUCACCUUUUCCAAGACCAGAUAAUUUAAAAAUUUGGUGCAGUAGGGCAAAAUCGGUCUUAGUCGCACGAAAAUUGAAUUCAAAUGAAGUUGUAGGCUAUGGUGUUAUUCACACAUUAUUGCCAGGUGAAUUUACGAUAUUGCCUUUAUAUGCAAAUGAUGAAGACAUAGCCCAUAUGUUAUUCAAUGAAUUAGUGAUGUCCUUACCGAAUUAUUCAAAAACCAGAAUGCAUAUUCUUGUCAACAAUAAAACAGGUGUAGAAAUAGCAAAAAAGUAUAAACUUGACGAGGAGCUAUACACAUUGCAUCGCCAAUAUACCAAGCAUGUCAUACCAUUGCCAAUUGAUAAUGUUAUAUCAGCUGGCUCUCCUGAAAUGUCACUUAUCUAG